AUGCCAGCCUCGAGCUCUUGCAGCGCUUCGGCCGCCACCUCCCACUCAUCACGCCGGCAUGCAUCCUCUCCAACAUCGCGGCUCGCGCGUGCCGUCGCAAAGUCGGCUCUUCUGCUGACCGCUGCCGUGCCACUCGCCUCCGCUUCCAUCGCCAACUUCCCCAGCAUCGACUUUGACCUCCUCGGCGCAGUCAGCAUCGCUGGCUCGUUUGCAGGCAUCGAGCUCUGGAACCAGACCGGCUCCUCCGCCAGCCCCAACGCCACCUACGACCCGGCCGCUUCCUCCCUCCUCUCCCGCGCCACCAAUGGUUCCGUCUCCUUCAUCAGCGCAACCGAAGAGGGAGGCACCAUCCGUGCCAUCUGCCAGAUGCAGUCGCCACCCAACACCGUCUUUGUCGCUGGCAACUUCUUCUCCAUAGGCGGCAUCUCCGUCAGCAACAUCGCCGCCUUCAACCCUUCCACCAAGGCAUUCACAAACAUGGCAGGCGGCCUCGACGGCACCGUCAACGCCGUCUUUUGCGACAAUGACCACCAACAGCUCAUCGCAGGUGGCUCCUUCUCGGGUCCAGUCGCAGGCAAGACAGAUCGAUACCUCGGCAACCUCGCCCAGUGGGAUGUCGCCGCGUCCGCUUGGAACCCCGUCGACUUUGGCGGUCUCGACGGCACCGUCAACACCAUUACUCCAGGCGGCAACAACUCGCUCGUCCGAUUCGGCGGCAGCUUCGACACCCGCUUCGCUUCCACGGGCGCAAACGCAGCCGCCGCCUCGGGCACCAACACCUCCGCCUCGCCCCUCACCGCCGCCCUCACACCCAUCUCCCUCGGCCAGGUCGAGUUCGUCGGCGGCCCCAGCUCCAACAACGCAGGCUUCGACAACCCGGCCCAGAUCCUUUGUCCGCAGGGUCCCGACGGCAGCGGUAACUCUUACCUCUUCGAGGACGGCGUAGACGGUCGUCUCACAGCCCGUGCCUUCCGCGCGCUCAACGUGCGUGCCAUUCGCCUCGGCAACACCUUUGUCGACGGCCGCGGCACCCGCACCUUCGGCCUCGUCUCCAUUCCCGACAACACCGAGCUCGAGCUCAUCUACCUCGACCCCACCACCAACCAGAACGUCACCUGCACCACCAACUGCACCCUCGCCCACGACGCUUCCAUCCCCUAUCAGGACUUCCUCAUUGCAGACACGCCCGCCAACAAUGCCCCCGGCGGCGUCAAGCAGUUGACCGGUGUCCAGUUCACCGCCACCGAACACUACGGCGCUGGCGCCGGUCUUCACGUCCUCGAGCUCCUCUCCGAAGGCGGCUGGGCCUACGCCUACAACGCGCUCAACCGUGGUGCGUGCAACUCCAACCAGAGCGGCGUCAACGGCACCGACUCCUCCGCCACCAACCAGGGCGGCUGGUACACCAGCACCAUCACCACCCUCGCUGGCACCACCGAGCCCGUGCUUGCAUUCACCGACGCCUACUCCAACAUCGCCUCCGACAACUCCGCCACCGUCACCUGGGCCGUCGACAUCCCUUACAACGGCAACUACACCAUCAGCAUGUUUGUCCCCGGCUGCCGCGCCUCCGGUCAGUGUGGUCAGCGAACCGAGGUCAAUGCAAACGUCUUUGCCGUCCAGGGUUCUCAGGGCAACAUCACCCGCGUCUCCCAGACCAACGAGCAGGAUCAGACCAUCCAGAUCUACAGUGGCGAGGUCAACAAGGCCGGCGAUGGCUUCCAGCCCACCGUGAUCCUGUCCAUCCCCGACGACGCACCUGCCCCCUCGGGUGGCGCCGACUUCACCGUCAUUGCCGACAAGGUCAGCUUCCUCCUGCUCAACAGCAACGAGACCCUCCAGAUGGGCCGUACCUCGGGCUUUGGCGUGCUCGAGUACAACCUCUUUGAUCCCGCCAUGACCGCCAUCCAGGCCAACGGCACCGGCUUGCUGCCCAACACCAGCAUGACCCAGCUCGAUGCCUUCGCCACCACCUUAUUCCAGUACGGAGUGCGAAGCAACACGAGCGACACCGCCGUCACUUCGAUCGCCUCGGUCGGAACGCGCACCUUCGUCGGCGGCUCCUUCGCCUCGACGGGCAACGUCAGCUUUGCCAACCUCGCAGGCUUCGCGGCCGAUUCGGCCGGCAUGGCGCCCAUCGCCAUUGCCAACGGCGGUCUCAACGGUCCCGUCCAGGCGCUGGCAAGUCUUGGCAACUCUAUCUACGUCGGAGGCAGCUUCACCGCCACGGCUGACAGCGCCGUCGCUGCACCCUACCUUGCCCGCUACGACCCCGAUGCCAACAGCUGGUCCGCACUCGGCGCUGGACCCGAUGGCGCCGUCUCGGCCAUCUACCCGCUCGGCUCCGACACGCUGCUCGUGGCCGGUGGCUUCGAGACCGUCAACGGCACCGGACAGUCUGGCGGCUACGCCGUGUGGAAUUCGACGUCCAACAGCUGGCAGACGCAGUCCAGCUUUGUAUCGGCAGAGAUGACCGCCGCCUUCGCCGACUUCUCCGCCUCGACCCAGCAGAGCUUCCUCGCCGGCAGCGUUCGUGCCGUCAGCCUACAGUCCGCCUCGGGCGCCGCGCAGCUGCGUGCACCGGACAAGUCGGGCGCCUUGCCUGUUGUCGAGUCGCUCAACUUCCAGUUUGCCACUCCUUCCGGAUCGGCUGGCGCAUCCAUGUCGUCGGCCAGCAAUGCGCGCAGAAGGAAUCUCGUCACUGGCUGGAGGCAGCAGCAUCAAUCGCAGCAGCAGCCACCGCAGCAGCGACUGCAGCGUCGAGACGGAGCGGCUGGCGCGGCUAGUGGCUCGGGUAUCGGAUCAAGGCUGCUCUCGAUGCUUCCGCGAUCGCCAUUCGAGGCGCGUGAAGCCGAUCUCUCUGCCGAAGUGCCGUCCCUCACAAAGCGAGCAGACAUCAUGGUGCCUGCCUCGCUCCAGUCGAGCGGCCAGAACGAGAUCCUGGCCAGCGCUUUCUGGGAGCGCGACGACGGCUCGUUUGUCAACAUCCUUGGAGGCAACUUUACCACCACCAACGGCAUUCGCAACCUCGCCUUUUACGACGACUCGACCGGCGCGGCCACCGCGUUCCCGGCCCAGCCCGUGUCGGCGACGCGCCCCGCGGUGUCUGUCAUUCGCUCGCUGCUCGUCGACUCUGACAUGCUCUAUGUGGGUGGAGACGGCGGCUUCGAGGCGUACGACCUCAAGAAGGCGAGUUGGGUCACCAAUGGUGCGCCACUCACUGCUAGUGCUGGCCAGGUGCUCUCCGUGACCUCGAUCGAUCACCGACCGGACGCGACCACCGUCAUCGUGUCUGGCAGCUUCGCCUCUGCCGGCUCGCUGCCCUGCCUCAACGUGUGCCUCUGGGACACCAGUGCGAUGCGCUGGAGUCCGUUGAGCGCAGGUCUGAGUGGACAGAUCUCGGACAUCGACUUUGCCGGCAGCAAGGCCAACCAGCUCAUCUUGGCGGGCUCCAUGACCAUCAAUGGCGCCGAGUCGUCGCUUGCGAGCUACAACUUUGACACGCAGAUGUGGGCCAAUCUCGGCAGCGUUGGCAGCGGCUCUGGACAGGUUCCGGGCCCGGCGACGGCAGUCAGCGUCGACGAUCUCAAUGCGAAUGCCAUCUUUGUCGCAGGCCGAACUGCCGACGGCAACUCACCCUACCUCGUAAGAUGGGACGGCACUCAGUACACCGCCGUCGACGGCGGCCAGUUCCUGCCCGCGACCGGCAUCUCGCAGCUCACGUUUGUGCCGAUCUCCAAGGCGCAUCCUAGCAACGCCAUCCUGGAGGACAACCGUCUGCUCGUGGUCAGCGGUGCUCUUGCCACGCAGGACUACGGCAACGUCUCGAGCGUAUUCUUCGACGGCCAGAGCUACACGCCAUUCUUGCUCGCCACCAAUUUGGAUGGAUCGUCGGGUAUCGUGCGUGCGUUCAGCCGAUCCACCGAGGUGCUGCGCUUCCCGAACCUGCAUCACCUUGCGGUGGGACUGGUGAUCCUGAUCUCGAUCGCCAUCGGUCUUGGAAUUGUCUUCCUGCUCGUGCUGCUCGGCCUCAUCUGGGCGGUGGCGAGGAGACGGCCCGAGCCACGCAAUGUGGACGUGCCCGUGUCGGCGAGCGACGACUCGCUCGGUGUGGGCGAGAAGAAGCGUCCGUCGAGCCUGCUCGCCACGCUCAAUGCCGCCACGGAAAACGCCAUGCUGGGCGAGCACGGUGCAGGUGUCGGUGCGGCAGCCGGAUUCGGCGCGGCGGGAGCGGGCGGUGCAGCUGCGCUUGCGGCUGCUCGCAGUCGGCAGAGCUCGCCAGGCUACGACCGCGGGCUUGGCGACGAGGCGGCCAUGUCCAACUACCACAGCGACGGUGGCCGCACCGGGCAGAGCGUGCAGACGCAGUACCUCACCGACGACGGCGGAUUCUCGGACGCCGAGGCGGGCAUCGCGACCGGCAUGGUGGGCACGGGCGCCGUAGCUGCAACGGCGAUCGGAGCGGCAGGCGACGAAGAGGACUCGCCUAUGGAGGGCAUCCCCGCGCACGCGCGCUACAACUUUGUGCCCAACCACGAGUCGGAGCUGCCGCUGACAGCGGGCGAACCCAUCGAGAUCCUCGACGACCAGGACCGCCACUGGUGGCUCGCUAGAAACACGCAGGGCCAGACCGGUGUCGUGCCCAGCGCCUACGUCAUGUGA